GCAAUAAAUAAACCCCAACGCCCGUGUUCUCGACCGAAGAGGUUCCGUCGUCCGUCCGUGGCCGUGCGAGCGCGGGGGAGAUUUCCAUGACGCAUUCGACGAUCACCUCCACCGAGCUCAAUUACCUCGUCUUCCGGUACCUCCAGGAAUCAGGGUUGACUCAUUCAGCAUUUGCUUUAGGAUAUGAGGCUGGGAUUAACAAAUGUGCCAUUGAUGGGAAUCAAGUUCCACCAGGUGCUCUUAUUACACUUGUACAGAAAGGUCUACAGUAUAUAGAGCUGGAAGCUAACCUGGAUAAUACUGAUGUAGACGCCGACGAUGACUUCUCUUUUCUACAACCUUUGGAUCUCAUCACAAAGGAUGUCAACGAACUACAGCAAAUCAUAAAAGCAAAGAAGAAAGAGAAAGUUCAGAAGGAAUGUGAUAAGGACAAAAAUAAAGAUAGCAUGAUUGCUCAAGAUCGAGACCAACAAUUUGAAAGCGAGAGAGUGAGAGAAAGGCAAGACAGAGAUGCAGCUCAAGAGAAGGAAAAAGAAAUGAUGGAAGUGGAUAAUGAACAAGAGAGAGAGAAGGAGAAGGAGGAGGAAAAGGAAAAGCAACACGUGGAGUCCAAAGAUAAGACUAAGCUUGAUGAGCAUGAAGUUUCUAGAGUAGGACCUGAGCAAAUGGAUAUCACCCCUAGCUCUCAAUCUUUGGCUUGUGAGAUCUCACGCUCUGAGGUGACCAUUUUGGAAGGACAUAGUUCUGAGGUCUUUGCUUGUGCAUGGAGCCCAGCAGGUUCUCUCCUAGCGUCUGGGUCUGGAGAUUCAACUGCAAGAAUUUGGAAAAUUCCUGAUGGUCCUUGCGGUAAAGAUGUGCAGGUUUUACCUCCAAAUGUACAUGUCCUGAAGCAUUUUAAGGGCAGAACUAAUGAGAAGAGCAAGGAUGUCACCACUCUAGAUUGGAAUGGUGAAGGUACAUUACUUGCUACUGGUUCCUAUGAUGGGCAAGCAAGAAUAUGGAGUCCAGAUGGAGAACUGAGGAACACCUUAGUUAAACAUAGGGGACCAAUUUUUUCGCUAAAAUGGAACAAGAAGGGUGAUUUUCUCCUCAGUGGAAGUGUUGACAAAACUGCUAUUGUGUGGGAUACAAAGACUUGGGAAUGUAAGCAACAAUUUGAAUAUCAUUCAGCUCCAACACUUGAUGUUGAUUGGAGAAAUAAUUAUAGUUUUGCAACGUGCUCUACGGACACUAUGAUCUAUGUUUGCAAGAUUGGCGAGACUCACCCUGUUAAAGCUUUCUCUGGGCAUAAGGCAGAAGUAAAUGCUAUCAAGUGGGAUCCGACUGGUUCAUUGUUGGCUUCAUGCUCUGAUGAUGGGACUGCAAAGAUAUGGAGUCUGAAGCAGGAUAAGUGUCUGCAUGAUUUCAAGGACCAUAGCAAGGAAAUAUAUACGAUUAGAUGGAGGCCGACUGGUCAGGGGACAAACAACCCAAAUCAACAAUUGGUUCUUGCAAGUGCAUCGUUUGACUCGACAAUUAAAUUGUGGGAUGCAGAGCAAGGACGCCUUCUGUGCAGCCUGAAUGGCCAUAGACAACCUGUAUAUUCGGUUGCAUUUAGCCCAAACGGCGAGUAUCUGGCAAGCGGAUCGCUGGAUCAAUCCCUGCACAUAUGGUCUGUGAAAGAAGGGAGAAUACUGAAGACGUACAAGGGUCGUGGUGGCAUUUUUGAAGUAUGCUGGAACAGGGAAGGCGACAAGAUAGCAGCAUGCUUUGCCAACAGCAGCAUUUGUGUUAUGGACUUCAGGAUGUAAGGAGAGGGAAGCAUUAUGUCAAGUAUUAGGCUAUCAUGUUUCAUGACUGUAGAUCUGUUAGGGUGAGUAGUAGGUCAUAUAGGCUUUUAGUCCCAUGUGUUUAACGCACCAGGAUCACGUAUAGUUUCUCUUGCUAGCCUCAUCUUUGAUGUGGUUACGUGUGGUCCUGUGGUCCUGUCGAAAGCUUGGAAUUGCUAGAUUGCUGUAAAUUCCAAACAAAACUUUGGAAUCUAGAACAAGCCGACUAGUUCAUGUAGCAUCACAAGGGAUCACAAAUUAUCACUGUGGUUCUAAUGUUAUAUCGUUGGACAGCCGUCUAAUUGCAUUUGAGAACUCUUUAAAGUCG